AUGCACCCCAAAGCCACCCUAUCCCUUCUUCCCCUCCUGCCGCUCGUGUCGGCCAUGUGCCCAGGCUACAACUGGGGCUUCUUCAACAUCGGCAGUGGCAAGUGGGCCAUAAUAGAUAGUCCCUGCCACGACUACGUGCAGCUCUCCUGCGAUAACCCGUGCGACUGCUAUGACGUCUUGGGCUGCUCUCCCACCGGCUCCGUCAACAAGGUCAAAGUCAACGACCUGUGGUACAACUGCCGCGAGGAGCCCAACAAGGGCGCCUGUCCUACUAGCGCUUCUUUCGGCGGCCGCGUUCCGGAAAGCUGCUGCCGCAAUGACGGCAAACGCAACUUCGAAGAGGGCCGCAUCAGCAAGCGGCACGCGGAGGCUAUCGAGAACACCAAUGGGAUUCUUGAACGUCAUGAACGGGAAUUCGGACAUGCUGAGAAGCGAGGCCAUGACUUGACGAAGCUUCGACGCCGCCAGCUCAGUGAGGUUGAUUACUAUAUGAAGAGGGAGGAGGAGGCUGCUGCUGCUUUGGAUGAUGAGUAG